AGGAUAUGAGUAUCUUCAUACAAGGCCUUACAUGGUCAGGGAGGGGGGCAGAGUAAGCUUUGAUCAGAGGCAUUGGGAAGGAGUAUCUUGAAGGUGUAAAGUGCUGGAGCAUAGGGUAUUCCAGGAAGGACAGAAGACACAAAUAUUAGCCAGUACAAAUAUAUACCGUGACACUUUUCCAGGCUUCCACGUUAAAAUGGGCCUAUAACUCUUGCCCAUAACAGUUUAUUUCACCUUUCGUACUGCAUUUAUUACAUACAACUAACUGCUUUCCUCGUUAGAUUGAGAGUCCAUGAAAGAAACUUAAAAUUAUUUUUGAUGGCCUUCUAAAUUACCUUAUGUAUGUAGUUGUUCAAGAUAGAUUGGUUGGGAAACUUGUGACUUAAUGGUAGUUGGGAGAACCUGAAGAUUAUUUUGAUGGUAUUUGGCAGCACGGCAGGGAUGAGAUAUCCUUUGGAUCUGUGACUAGAUAAAACAUUCCAGUAUAUAACGCUUGACUGGUAAGGUGUAAGUUAACAAUAUCAAAAUAGCAACACAUGCCUUAGGAAGGUUUUUGGGGGGGGUGGUUAUUGCCUCGAUGGUGUAGCUUUCCUUGGUUCCAUGUUUCAAUGUAGUAAAGUGGAGGAUUGAGAUAUGUGAGCAUAAGACAAAAGGAAACUAAACUAGGGCUGCAGGAUAUUUUAAAUCUGAAUUGUUGAAAUACAAGUUUGAACCAAAGCAUCAGUUUGCAGUAUGGUGGCUGUAGAAAUUUGUUGGAGUAGCAGCUAGCUAGUCCUUUUAUUAACCAUUGUCUUGACAUUCCACUGAAAAUAUCAACAAGAAACUUGGAGUUGGUCAAACUCAGUCCCUUUUACAGUUUUUAAUUGUAUUUGGGUUCCCUAAGAAACCUGCCAAAAAACAAUUAGUGUGCCAAAAAAUGGGUGGUGGUGGGGUCAGAAAAAACCAUUGAAGGAGAUGAUGCAGGAAAGGAUUGGGCACUUGUAGCAUAUGGCAGUUCUAAGAAAGGUGUGCUUAUUAGUCCAAUGGUGGCCAUCCUCAAGCCAGAGUUGCUGUUAAGAAGGAAGAUCCCAGGUUUCACAGAAAUGGCCUUGUGUUUGUACUGCCAGUAUCAUUUGGCCUUAUAUGGGAAGUAUGGCUUCAAGGCAAGAGGUGGAUGCAUCAGAUGCAGUCUGGGUCCAAUGUUAACCAUGUUUUCCUCACAAUCUAAGCAGUGCAUUUCAUGGUCACAAUUUGGUUAUUAGAAUCCUAGGGAAAUUGACAUUGGAAACUCAGGUCAAGGGCAGGAAGUAACCUAUCUCAGACCUCCAGUGAGAUUUAGUUGUUGAAAAACAGCAAUAUAAUCUAAAACUACUGACUUUGUUGUGUCAUGUACUUGUUACUCUUGGGGUGGUUGGGUACAAGAAGAAAUGCUUGGGGAGGUAUUUUGGGAAAAAUUGGCAUGAUUUUUUGUGAAGGCAGGAGGCAUUUGAGGAAACCUUCAACUGGGUUAUGUAGUGGAACUGAAAAUUAUGUGGGCAAUAAUUGGAAAAGUGUAGAAACCAAAGAAAUGCCAGAUUAUGCAAGAUCUUGUGUACUGUACUAAGGAUUUGGGAGAAUUUAAAGAUGAGUCUUAAUGGGUAAGGUGUACUAGCUUUGGUUGCUGGGUGGGUAAUAGUGCAUUUUUAAAGUUGGGGAACCAGAUUGGUUUUGUGAAGGGAAAUGAUGAGUUUGAGGAAGCUAUAGGAUACUCUGCUAUGAAACAUGUCCAGGAAGGCAGAUGGAUACUUGGGUCUGGAUUAGGCAUCCAGAAGAGAAGAAGCCUCCUGAUGGCUAUCACCUAAGUUAAGUGAAUAUGGUAUUCUGGUGGGAUAGGUGAUAGAGUAAUGGAUGUGGAUAAACAAGUGGUGGGCAAUUGAGCAAAGAAGAAAGAAGGCUGAGAAUCCUUAGGAUGACCUGAGUAAAUGUAAUGACAAAACAGUCUUGCAUGCAAAUUCAUCCUCUUUAAUAAUACAGCACUUGUAAAUGAGGGUGCUUUAUGUUUUUCUGUUCCCAUAUUGAGGUUUGGUAGGUGCAGAGUUCUCAAGUCAGAAGUUCCCAUUGGAGAAAUUACAUGUUUCAGAGAAACGAGCUUGAAUGGCUAGCAUUUUGUUGACUGGAUCAUUGAAACCGCCUCCCCCCAAUGUAACACUACUGUUAAAACUAGGAACUUGAAGUUCUUUGUGAUCUUGUAGUGGAAAGAGCACAUGUCCUGAACGUAAUAAAUUUGGUUUGGAAUCCCAGUUCCACUAGUUUUGGCAUGAUAGAUGUUUGGUAAAGAGCCAUUACUGGUAGAAUGCCCCACCCAUGAAUGAGUAAAUGAUCUUUACCAAUGAAUUGUACAUUCUUACGGCUUUUCUUUCCUACCCCUACAGUUCCUAGCAUAGUAAUUUACAGUAUUCAGUUCCUGUUAAAUGACUGUCCCAGUUCAGUGCUGCCAGUUACUAGUUUUAACUGUUUAAUGGGCCACAGGAAAAUCUCCCAAUUUUCAAUUUUUUUAUAGUUACUUAUAGCCUAGUUUAAAGGUAGUUUCCUUAAUGGCAUGGAUUCACAUGGUCUCUUGGUUAAAUGCAGUUGCAAUUUUUGUUUUGUUUUUAAGUAGGCUCCACACCCAAUGUGGAGCUUGAACUUAUGACCCUGAGAUCAGGUAGAUUCAUGCUCUACCCAUUGAGCCAGCCAGGUGCCCCUAAUUCUUGGUUUUUAUAGAAGUUAAGGGAUGAGGUUGAAUAGUAAAGAACUCAUUGGUUUUACAAGAAAUGACUUAAGAAAUGGGUGUAAAAUCGGUGCCUGAGGAUAAAAUAAAAAUGAAAAUUACAUUCCAUCCAUUUUUUUAUAUAGAGGGUAACCAUUAAAGAUUCUGCAGCAGAUUAUGUUACCUGGCACCUAGUGGAUGCCUGCCUUCUCAGUGAAUAACACAGAGAAAAGGCCUCAUACCAUCACUCCCUUAACUAUCAGCACCCACUAGUCUUCCACAGCCCGUCUCACGUGAGCCUCUAAACGGCGCUUAAUUGGCCGGCUUCGCGCGUUGAGACUCGACGGGCGUGAUGCAGUUCCUCAUCCGCGGUGAACUGGCUGGGUGAUGCUAGCCAAUCAAAAAGCGUCUUUCCGCCGGCUAUACCAUUUGCCCCAGGGUGCGGGACUGGCGCUGGCGCUGAGACGUCACGUACUCCAUGGUAACGACGCUCGGCCCGAAGAUGGCGGCCGAGUGGGGUGGAGGAGCAGGUUCUCCUGGUUCAGGCCCAUGCCCUAGCCAGUGGCGCUGGAGCAGUUCUUUAAGGGUCCGAAGCGUUCUGCUCUUGUUGGGCGGCCUCUGGGCAAGCGCCACAUCUAUUCCUGUCUCCUUGGACAGUUCCCCUCCCUGCCGGCACCACGUCCCCUCUGAGACUGAGGUCAUAAAUAAGGUUCAUCUUAAGGCAAAUCAUGUUGUAAAAAGAGAUGUUGAUGAACAUUUAAGAAUCAAGACUGUCUAUGAUAAAAGUAUUGAUGAGUUGCUCCCUGAGAAAAGAUACCUUGUAAAGAACAAACUUUUUCCACAAGCUAUUUCUUAUUUGGAGAAGACUUUUCAGGUUCGUAGACCUGCGGGCACUAUCUUACUUAGCAGACAACGUGCAACAAACCAACACCAGAAGGAAAAUGAUCCCCAUAGAUACUGUACUGGGGAAUUUGCAGAGCAUACAAAAUGCGGCCCAGUUAUAGUGCCUGAGGAACACCUCCAGAGAUGCAGGGUCUGCCGUGGGGGUAAGUGGUCCUGUUUAGCAGUAGGUGUGCAAGACCAAGAAGGCGUCCGGGAUGCAGACUUUGUUCUAUAUGUUGGUGCUCUGGCCACCGAGAGGUGCAGCCGUGAAAACAUCAUCUCUUAUGCAGCCUAUUGUCAGCAGGAAGCAAAAAUGGACAGGCCAAUAGCAGGAUAUGCUAACCUGUGUCCAAAUAUGAUCUCUACCCAGCCUCAGGAGUUUAUUGGGAUGCUGUCCACAGUAAAACAUGAGAUUAUUCAUGCCCUGGGUUUCUCUGCUGGCCUAUUUGCAUUCUACCAUGAUAAAGAUGGAAAUCCUCUAACUUCAAGAUUUGCAGAUGGUCUCCCACCUUUUAAUUAUAGUCUUGGAUUAUAUCAAUGGAGUGAUAAAGUAGUUCGAAAGGUGGAGAGAUUAUGGAAUGUUCGAGAUAAUAAGAUAGUUCCUCACACUGUGUAUCUUCUAGUAACACCUCGUGUUGUCGAUGAAGCGCGAAAACAUUUUAACUGUCCAAUUCUGGAGGGAAUGGAACUCGAAAAUCAAGGUGGCAUGGGCACUGAGCUCAACCAUUGGGAAAAGCGGUUAUUAGAGAAUGAAGCAAUGACUGGUUCUCACACCCAGAACCGAGUCUUCUCUCGAAUCACUCUGGCAUUAAUGGAGGACACUGGUUGGUAUAAGGCUAAUUACAGCAUGGCCGAAAAGUUAGACUGGGGCCGAGGAAUGGGCUGUGACUUUGUAAGAAAGAGCUGUAAGUUCUGGAUUGACCAGCAGAAACAAAAGAGGCAGAUGCUGAGCCCUUUCUGUGACACGCUUAGAAGUAACCCAUUGCAGUUAACUUGCCGACAGGACCAGAGAGCAGUUGCUGUGUGUAAUUUGCAGAAGUUUUCAAAACCUUUGCCUCAAGAGUACCAGUACUUCGACAAACUAAGUGGAAUACCUGCAGAAGACUUGCCUUAUUAUGGUGGUUCAGUAGAAAUUGCUGACUACUGCCCUUUCAGUCAGGAAUUCAGUUGGCAUUUAAGUGGUGAAUAUCAGCGCAGCUCAGAUUGUAGGAUAUUGGAAAAUCAACCAGACCUUUUUAAAAAUUAUGGUGCUGAAAAGUACGGACCUCAUUCAGUUUGUCUAAUUCAGAAAUCCGCAUUUGUCAUGGAAAAGUGUGAGAGGAAGCUGAGUUACCCAGACUGGGGGAGUGGAUGUUAUCAGGUUUCUUGUUCUCCCCAAGGUCUGACAGUUUGGGUUCAGAACACUUCAUAUUUGUGUAGUCGGGCUGGGCAGGUCCUCCCCGUCAGUAUUCAGAUGAAUGGCUGGAUUCACGAUGGUAACCUGCUCUGCCCAUCAUGCUGGGACUUCUGUGAGCUCUGUCCUCCAGAAACAGAUCCUCCAGCUGCUAACCUGACCCGAGCUCUACCACUGGAUCUCUGUUCCCGUUCCUCUAGCCUGGUGGUCACCCUCUGGCUUCUGCUGGGCAAUCUAUUUCCUCUGCUGGCUGGAUUUCUUCUAUGUGUAUGGCACUAGGAAAAGUGAAUUCUCAAGACAUUCCUUUGUGUCAUGUUCUUCUGAACAAAGCACAAAAUCUGGGUGAGUGCCAACCUAUGCAGAUGGCAGAAGUGGCAUUCCUGACUUUGGCUUGGAAGCGUUGACUACAAUAAGACCUUGAAGCAGAGCUUCACAGCAGUCACUCUUCAUCAGCAACCCAACAGCCUCAGAGUUUGGAGGAGGAGAAGGAAUUCCAAGUCACCAUGUCUCUAUUUUUCAGCAUAUAUAACCUGCCUGAAGUUUUCCUUUGAAAAUGGGAUAAUUGGUGAAAUUUUCAGAGUGAUUACAUACCUCAGCAUUUUCAUUAACCUAAAAUGAUGGGAAAGUUCAUCAAUACUGCAGUAACUUUUUUUAAAAAGCUGAUUAUUACAAAAUUAUAAAUUGUGGAUCCUGUCCUCACAAGUAUAAAUUGUCCUUUGAGUUAUAGACAGUAAUUGAAUUAGGUUUCUACAUCACUAUUAUACCUAUAUUGAGUUUAAUAGCUGUGCUUGGUACACUUAAAUCAUUGUUCUCAUAGUUCUCAAAAGUUUUUUUAAUUAUAAUUUGCUAAAUGUUAUGAUUUAACCAUGCUUGCCUUUUCAAACCAGCUGUGUGGCAGUUUACUACUGAACUAUUACAUGUUGGUAGCCCUUCCAGUGUAUUCUCCAGUAAUUUAAUAAUGACUUGAAAAACAUGGGAGCAGAGAGAGAAAAAUACUCUGCCCUGUAAAAACAUUGAAGACAUGCAAACAAACAGAAGAAAACAUAAUUGUGUGUUUUUCAGAAAAUAGUUAUGACAGCUGUAAUCCAACAAAAAUAGAACUAUUCCUUUCAGGUGGGCUUAGAAAUUGUUAACAGAAGAAUUCUUACUAUCUGAAAAGUAUUUUAUAUAUAAGAAGAAAAAUGUAAGUCAAAACAGAUGGUUUGAAUUGUUUACUAAUAGCAAAGUGUAGGUUUGGUAUAGGGCCUAUUCAGUAGGGCUCACUUUACCUACAACAUAAAGCUCAGUCCGCACAAGUCAGAAAAUUGCCUGUGCUUUGAAACGAGGUGAUGUUCUUUACCUCCUGCUUUAUAUUCUCAUCCUCAGAAGUAAUUCUGCUCUGGUACUGGAGCUUAUCAACCCUUCUUAGUAAUUCCAGUUUGAAAUUUUUUAAUGAUGAGUAAUGCACAGUUUGUCUCCAAAGCUACUGAAGUCCUGCGGCAUUAUAAACAUAACUCCUGGACAAAUUCAUUCAUUCAUUCAUUCUUUCAUUCAUCCAUCCAUCUAUCCAUCCAUCCAUUCAUUCAUUCACCCUUAAUUUAGCAUAUAGUUAUUGAGCACUGCAUUUAAGAAAUUGUGCUAAGUGAGCAAGCAGUAUAAUUACUAAAAAAUAAUUCCAACUGACCAUUUGGUAUUGGAGCCAAAGUGCAGCCCCAGCAUAAAGAAAGUCAACUUUUGUUUUUCAACGCAUUAAUUUUGAAUAUGUAUUUGCAUACAGUUUUAAAUUGAAGGUAUUUGUCAUUGUAAAGUGCUGGGGGUCUCUAGCACAGCUGACUUCAGCUAAAAAGAAACUAAUAGUAAUGGUGUCCGGCCAGUGCUCAGUUUUCUGCCUUUGUCACACAUACUUUAAAGGUCAGAAAAAAGCAUAGAGUAUAUUUUUUAAGAAAAUUAUAAAACUCUAAACUUAUAUGUCUAUUGUGAUUAUGAAUCAUCUGCAAAGGUGUAUAAAGAAUUUCACCAAAAAUACGAUGAUGAAUAGAUUUGAGAAUUCACAGUGGUAGGUUCGAUUAUAUUUUGACUGUUGUGCAGUAAUGCCAUUUAGGUAGUAUUCUUUCCAAGCAUGGUGCUUUUUAUACUUGAAAUAUAUUUUUGCUUUAUUUUUUAUUGAUAUAAUUAUAUUUGCACUAAUAACUUUCUGGAGAAAAUAUUAUAGAUGACAUUUUUUCUAUAUAUAUUUAUUAAGCUUGGAAUCUGAUCCCCUAGUGUUUUCUCUGCACAAAUAAGGAACUUGCUAAAGUGUGAGGCUAAAAAAUCUUGAGUUUCUGAGGGUAACUAACUGCUCUGGUGUCUUCCUUCCUCUUCAAUAAGUCUCGAGAAUAGUUGCUAAUCACUGAUUCUUCAUAGUGUACUCCAUGAAGAUUUAGAAGGCCACUGAACCUGUAAGAAGUGUUGAGAGGCUCAUUUGAGUCACUUAGAAUAUGUCAGUAUUCUAAAAACAGACUUAGAAUCUGAGAUUUCAGUGCAGAAUUAGUGGGCUAGACUUCUACUUUGAACUGUAGAAUUUGAAAUGGUUUAAAUGUUAGUAUCCUUUGGCAGGAUGCCCUUUAUGUUAACAGAAGCAGUUCACUGAGGAGGAGACUAGCAGACUGCAACUAUUGUGGAAGCCAGCUGGGGCACGGAAGGAGAAUGAAGAGUAGCUGAUUUGGGGAUAGUAGACUGGAGUCCUUUCUGACUCAAAACGUGUGGAGUGCAUAUAAAAACUGACUAGACUACCUCAGUUUUCAGUUCAGAUUUAGGUUCAUUUUGAUAGUAUUAAGAUCCUAAAUGUCAAAAAUAUCAAGUGAAUUUGUCUCUCAGGUUUUUAAGAACAGAAUUUAGGGGAAGGCAGCAAAAGCCAUGUCAGCAGACUUGAGCUGACAGCUUUAAAGAAACUGGCAAGCAGUUAGGGUUGUCUUAAUAUAGACCCCUCUAAUAUUCUCCUGAAGAGCAUCCUUUUUCCUUACUUAUUUCUUAAGAAUAUUUAUGUUUGUUAAAACCAAAUAGGCAUUCUUCAAAUGUUAUGAAAUGUUAUGCUUGAAAUUAGUUUCAGCCUAGUAUGUUGGCUUAAGAGUUUAUCAAUAUUUGAAGAUGAGAAACAAAUUAAUGAAGUUUGAAUGGCUUAGGAAGAUACAUAAGUAUGUCUGAGUAUCCCAAAAAAUUUUAUCAAUAUUCUCCUCAAUAUUAGAAGACUUACUGAUUGAGACCAACUGUAAAAUGACUAGCUGCUUUCUCAGAAUCUUUCUAGCUCUAAUAUUCUAUGACUAACACUCAUCCAGACUCGGUAGGUCACUGCUGGCUCUGAUCUGCCUCCUGGAGUAUGCCAGUUUGCACAUCAUGUUCAUCACAGUGUCUUGUGCUCAAGGCCUUAGCGCUGUCCAUGUCCUUGGACACGGAACGGAGAGAGAAGGGCCAUCUCUGAGGGCACUUGAGCAGUCCUGGUGGAGGAGGUGGACUUCAGUCACAGACCCGCAAACCCAGUGCAUAGUGAGCGCUUAGUCAUCCAUGCCAUGUCCUUGCAGCCCAGGAAGAUGAAUAUAGUUUAAUAAAGUCUCUGCUACUCAUUCUGAAGAAAGAAUUUACCUGAAAAUAUGACUCCUUUUUUUUUUUUUAUGUUCAGUCAAGAUUGGGGAAGAAGUGGUAAAUUAUUUUAUGUUUACAUUUUUGAUAAAUGAAAUAGAAGAUUUAAGAACUAAUCUUUAUUUGUGUUAUUGAACUUUAAGUGUAAUGUAUUCCUUAGUAAAAAAAAAAAAAACUUUAAUAAAAAUGGAAACUAAUCU